CGUAACGUAGCAACGCCUAAAUUGACUUCAAACGAUGGCUUUGUCAUCAUUGACCAACCAAACGAACAAGAAGAAAAUCAUCAUAUAAAUGAACAUACAUCGGAACAUGCGAAAUCACUCCCGAUUUCGACAUCCCCGACGAAUGACCCCCAACGACCACAGGCCACGGGGGGCCAAAGUCCUACUUCAUCAUCGUCCCCAUCACUCGACGAGUUUUGCCAGUCAUUCGAGAAUGCAAUGACAAUUGCCCAACAUGCCGAACGUGCGAAGACCGAGGCUCGAACUGCAAUCGACAGAGCCGAAACAGCCCGAAACCUUGCCGAACAGGCAUGGGACCAGGCGAUGUCCGCAGCCGAAGCCGCGCAGAGUAUUGCACGAUCUGGACUUGCAGUAGCCAAACUUUCUCUCGAUGCCUGCAAUCCAAGAUCCAAGCCCAACCACCAGACCGACUCUCUUAAGACUGCAUUCGAUCUCUUUGCCAGUCAACGAGAACCUGUCAUGGAUUUUGAAAGAUUUCAGGAAGCUCUUAGCUACGAUGAUGAAGCAGCACUUGACAUUGUUGGCGAGUUUGAAGAAGGGGAGAGGGAGUAUCCAUGUGACAUGUACAACUGUACUACUUGUCGCAAUCGUCAAAAAGCACAGAGUUGGAGAUUCUUCAAGGUUUCUCCUGAUUUCUCAUCUCCUCCUAAAGACACACCAACAAGUCGAUCGUCAGGACCUUGCCUCGAUCACACACCAAAGGCCAACACUGGAAUACUUGGAUCGACAAAGAAGAGAGGCCACACUGGUCGGAAGCUUACUGGGGUCCCGAAGUGUUUCGAGAAAUACUCGUCACCCCUUGGUCAAUUCUCGGCAAUAUCCCCCCGAAUUCCGAAGACGGUCACCCAGCGCCCGGUCAAAGAGCAAGGGAAAGUUUGUGGCAUCAGCCUACUAUCAACCAAUCAGAUUGGGGAAAAAAUUCUUGCAGUCAAACCCUGGACCGAUGCCAGCACGCCAGUCAGCAUCAGAUGAACUUGAGUAUCUCACAUUCUGGCCUACCAAUGACAGUUCCCAGUUGGAAGAUCCUUCUUAUUCUGACGAAGGAGCAAGCAGCGAUGAUUGCUCUCAGUCUGCACCCGUAUUCCUUGGUGUUCGAACCCGUAGAGCCGAGAGCUGUGAAGAAGGUCUACUGAACUCACCCUUGAAACCACGACAGCUCCAGCGCCUAAGUGACAUGGAGCCUACAGAGGAAAUAGCUAGAACUAGGUUUCAUCAAGUCACUGCCGCUAGAAGGAGCCAGAGUUGCUCUAGUGAACCUGGAGCCGACCAGGCUAAACGACCCUGCUCUCCGCUUGUUCUCCCUGAAGUUGACAGUGGCACCAAUGUACAGAUUCUGCCGAACAACGUUCAAGUUUUCACGCCACCCCCGGCUAAAUCUACCACGCCCCCUACGAGUCGUCAUGGACACAUGACGUCAUCCACCAAAGCUUACCUUUCCGACUAACAACACAUGACACGGAUAAGGAGAACUCAAUAUUCUUGGAAUGGGAACCGCCUUUAGUUUAGGGAUAUCAUACAUCGAUAUUGAAUAAUAAUACAAUUUGAUAAAUAUUAUGAAAAAGGUGAAAGAAGAGGGGCAGAGAAAUACUUUCUUUUUUCUUCGAAAAAAACACCCAAUACAUUUGUAAAUACUUGUAUAUAUAAGAGUCUAAUAGAAGUCUUUAUCACUUUUCCAGAUUCAAAUCAGAUUAAUUGAAACCUUGUAGAAGCCACUCAGAAUACUAAGUUUAUUACUGUUAAGAUGAAAUUAACCUCCAGAAAAGUGUAGAUAAUAAUCAUUGACGUAUGUCAAUGAAGUGAAGAUGAAAAACGUUCAAGUGUAUGCUUAGUUAUGUAUAAAGAAUUGUAGUUGAAGUUUUACUGAUUUUGUAAAGAAUUAUGUUAUUGCGUAUUUCAUGUUGGGAUUGCCUUUUAAUUUUUGAGUUGUGUGUAGACGUGAUUCUCUCUACAUCCGGCCUCUAAAAAUGAUUGAAAGCUGGAAAUCUGAAUAUUUUGUCUUUCAAUUUCAAAAGUAAAGGAUGGGGUUUGUUUUCUUAAUGUUAUUCAUAUGAUCUUGGGGGAAAAAGCUAUACCUUGUAUAUCUAUGUAAAUAUGUAUAUGUAUCAAAACAAUAAAACCUCGAGAUGUAAAGAAAACAAAAUAAUCAUUUUGAAAGCGAUAUUGUAUGUAAGCUUCAUGUAUUGUAACAUUGAUCACAAAUGCUUACUAAAAAGAUAAUUCUUUGAAACGGUGAUAACAUGACAUUUCUCAAUCCAGCAGUAUAAUGUCACAUACCGUCUUUGACAAACUCAUGAUACUCGCUUCAAUAAUAUAACAUUAUUCUUCAAUUUAUACUCCUUUAUCAGGUUCGUUAAAAUUUUAGAAAAAAGGGCGAUAACUGUAAACAUUCAGUAGUCAACAUCCUCUAUCUAUUCCAUAAACGAGAUAAGCUUUUUGCCUAGCAUUUUGCUUGUCUAAAAAAUCUUCACUAACGUUGUUCUAUAAACUUUAAGACAUUUGUCUCAAGUCCCUUUAAGUAAAAAAAAAAGAAAAGAAAAUAAAGGGAGAAAGGGAAAUUGUGAGGGGGAAAAUAAAAUCUAGUAAGGAAUUGAAGCAAGAAGGCGUAGAUAGAUAGAAUGGGAAAUGAUUGAGAAGAGAGAGCAGGCAAAUAAAGGGAGGAUGAGAGAUUAUGGAGUCACAGAGAGGG